AUGUCCUCCAUUGCUGCUCUGGCUACUCGCCGGGCUCUGACCCGUCAGCCCCUGUUCCGCGCUCCCCCGCGCCGCUUCAACUCUUCAGCUCACUCUAAGCUGGAGGAGGCCACCCUCGAUAAGGCUCCCAAGCGCGACCCCGAGCUCUACGUCCUCCUCGGUGUCAUGUCUGGUGCCUUCCUGAUUGCCGGAUGGUACUUCGGCCGCAAGCCCACCUCCGUCAACUCCGAGAGCAACGUUCGCAUUGCCCAGAGCUCCAUGCCCUGGCACAACGAGGAUGCCGAGGGUGCCAAGCCCUCCAAGUACUCUUACCACCCCCACGGUGACAAGAGCCAGCCCCUCCGCGCUGCUCCCAGUGCCAUGAACACUGUCAUUGUUCCCAAUGUCACCCUGCCCGAGGAGCUCCACGAGAAGUUCAACAAGCUCGGAAAGGAGGAGUGGGACUACUAA